AGUGACGCUUCAGGGGCUAGCUAAGCUCUGGGAGUGUUGAUAUUUUCGUCAGUCCGGCUGACUGGGGCCAAGUUGGAAGCCCGGAAGGGAGGCGAUUUAAAAACUGUCGUGCGCGGGGCAGGCCACGCUGUCCUGUUGCAGUGCCCUCGCCUGCGAGUCAGAGCUUCGGGGAGACAACAGCACAACUGGACCGAGAGGAAAGGCAAGGAACAAGGGUGCCGACUUUGACUGAAAUCUGAGACAGAGGGCAGGGGAGGGCGAUCGUUCGCUUCUGAUUGGCUCGUGGGCAUCAUCGAGGACCCACGCAACCGCUUCGAUUGGUUGGUGCCCUCAAUUGUUGUGGCGGCGGCGAAGAUUUUGCCCACGUACUUCCGAGCGAGAGGCGGGGCUGUGCCCCGGCGCGCCUGCGCAACGCCCCGGGCCCCACCCGGUAGUUCAAGAACCUGCGAGGGGGCGGGGCGAAGAGGUGCUUGUUUUGGUUCUGUUUCCUUUGAAGCCGAAGGCCGGAACGAGCGUAGCAAUAAACUUGCUGGACUUGGAGAGAAGGCUACGACAAGCUCGCCGCGGUGCCUUCAUCUUGGACUUCACAUCCGGGUUCACCGGCCGCGUGACCCGCGCGCCGCCGACGGUUCGAGAACCGGUGCCUCGAUCUCUUUAUCCGGGUCCCGGCGAUCCCGUCGUGCUUCGCGCACCACUGUAGCCCCCCUUAUCCGGGUCCUCUCCCGGCGUGCCCCGCGCCGAGUUUGGUGGGGGGUACUCGGCGGUGCCGCCAUGACUAUUCUCCCCAAAAAGAAACCACCGCCUCCUGACGCCGACCCCACCAACGAGCCGCCGCCGCCCGGGCCGCUGCCCCCGGCGCCUCGCCGCGGCGGGGGUGUAGGCGUGGGCGGCGGCGGCACGGGUGUGGGCGGCGGCGAUCGCGACCGUGACUCGGGCGUCGUGGGCGCCCGUCCUCGAGCCUCGCCACCGCCUCAGGGCCCGCUCCCGGGGCCACCGGGUGCCCUCCAUCGCUGGGCGCUGGCCGUGCCGCCUGGCGCCGUGGCAGGCCCCCGGCCACAGCAGGCCUCUCCUCCUCCUUGCGGGGGCCCCGGCGGUCCCGGCGGCGGUCCCGGUGACGCGUUGGGUGCCACAGCAACGGGCGUGGGCGUGGGCGCGGCGGGCGUGGUGGUGGGCGUGGGCAGUGCCGUGGGCGUGGGCGGCUGCUGCUCUGGGCCGGGUCACAGCAAGCGGCGGCGUCAAGCCCCUGGGGUUGGCGCGGUUGGCGGGGCAAGUCCUGAGCGUGAGGAAGUCGGCGCAGGUUACAACAGUGAGGAUGAGUAUGAAGCGGCUGCAGCGCGCAUCGAGGCCAUGGACCCCGCCACCGUCGAGCAGCAGGAGCACUGGUUUGAAAAGGCCCUGCGAGACAAGAAGGGCUUCAUCAUCAAGCAGAUGAAGGAGGACGGCGCCUGUCUCUUCCGGGCUGUAGCUGACCAGGUGUAUGGAGACCAGGACAUGCAUGAGGUUGUGCGAAAGCACUGCAUGGACUAUCUGAUGAAGAAUGCCGACUACUUCUCUAACUAUGUCACAGAGGACUUUACCACCUACAUCAACCGGAAGCGGAAAAACAACUGCCAUGGCAACCACAUUGAGAUGCAGGCCAUGGCAGAGAUGUACAACCGGCCCGUGGAGGUGUACCAAUACAGCACAGAACCCAUCAACACAUUCCACGGGAUCCAUCAAAAUGAGGAUGAACCCAUCCGUGUCAGCUACCAUCGGAAUAUCCACUACAAUUCAGUGGUGAAUCCUAACAAGGCCACCAUUGGCGUGGGACUGGGCCUGCCAUCAUUCAAACCGGGGUUUGCAGAGCAGUCCCUGAUGAAGAAUGCCAUAAAAACAUCGGAGGAGUCGUGGAUUGAACAGCAGAUGCUGGAAGACAAGAAGCGGGCCACAGACUGGGAGGCCACAAAUGAGGCCAUUGAGGAGCAGGUGGCUCGGGAGUCCUACCUGCAGUGGCUGAGGGAUCAGGAGAAACAGGCUCGCCAAGUCCGUGGCCCCAGCCAGCCCCGGAAAGCCAGCGCUACGUGCAGCUCUGCCACAGCAGCAGCCUCCAGUGGUCUGGAGGAGUGGACCAGCCGGUCCCCAAGGCAGCGGAGUUCAGCCUCGUCACCCGAGCACCCUGAGCUGCAUGCCGAGCUGGGCAUCAAGCCCCCUUCCCCAGGCACUGUCUUAGCUCUUGCCAAACCUCCUUCACCCUGUGCACCAGGUACAAGCAGCCAGUUCUCGACAGGGGCCGACCGGGCUACUUCUCCCCUCGUGUCCCUCUACCCUGCUCUGGAAUGCCGGGCCCUCAUUCAGCAGAUGUCCCCCUCUGCCUUUGCAGGCCUGAACGACUGGGAUGAUGAUGAGAUCCUAGCGUCGGUGCUGGCAGUGUCCCAACAGGAAUACCUAGACAGUAUGAAGAAAAACAAAGUGCACAGAGACCCACCCCCAGACAAGAGUUGAUGGAGACCCAGAGACUGGAGACCAUCUCCCAACCCCCACACUCCUGCCCUCUGGUGCCACCCCACCUUCUUUGGCUUUCUUCCCUCUUGCCUUCUUCCUUCUUCCCUCUCUCCCCUCCUUUCACUCCUCCCCACUUCCCUCUGGCUAGCCCACCCCUGCGCGCCCUCUCAUUGCUGCCACCACCAUCAUCACCUGUCUCUUCGCCAGCCGACGUGCCCUGUUGCCCCCUGCACAGCAACAUCCCUGCAUUCCACAGGGGACUCGGGCAAGGGUGCUGAAGGUAGGCGAGAGGCACACAGAGACAAACCAACUGGCAGCCAGGCAGCCCCUGAGGAGAGACAUUCAGACAGAGGAAAGUCUCCCUGUCCCCGAUUCCUUCCAAGAUCAGAAACUUGGUCACCCCACCACAUAUGAUGCCGGGGAGGUGGGAGGAAGAAGUGGGAAAAUCCCCUUCCCAGUACCCCAAGAAUGUCUGAGCCUUCAAUGUUGAACUUUUUCUUUAUUAAAAUGUACUUUUAUCUUAUAAAAUCAACCAAUCAAAAAGUGAUGUAGACAACAGCACUGGCUCUAUGAAAGUGGCAUCUCUCUGGUUUCGGGGCAGGCAGGCCACGGGGCACGAAGAUGUGAUUGAUGUCCCUGGCCUCCAGCUCUGUGGAGGUGGGCAGGGUCUAGUGUGAGCCAGGGUUGGGUGGGAGGGCAGGGGGGGCAGGUGUCAAGUGGGCUUUGGACAAUGAGACUCUGACCUUGCUGCAUUCCUUAUGCUUCCACCACCACCACCAGUCUUUUUGGAAUCUUGGGGUGGGGGGCACCUUUGAGGAUCAUGGCCGCCGCCCAGGAUUUGAGUGUGGGGGGUGGGAGCAGCCUUGGCAGAUGGGGCACCCAUGCCCUGCAGGUGUCAGCAAGAUCCGCCAUCUGUAAUGUCCUUGGCACAAUAAAACCAAAUGUCAGUUUCC